AUGGCCGCGUCCAGCAACUCCAGCCUGUCCGGCUCCUCCGUGUCCUCCGAUGCUGAAGAAUACCAGCCUCCGAUAUGGAAAUCUUACUUGUACCAGCUACAGCAAGAGGCCCCUCGUCCCAAGAGGAUCAUUUGUUCUGGGGAGGUGGAAAACAGACCAAAAUAUUACGGAAGAGAGUUCCAUGGGAUCAUCUCGCGGGAGCAGGCUGACGAGCUUCUCGGGGGCGUGGAGGGCGCCUACAUUCUCAGAGAGAGCCAGCGCCAGCCGGGAUGCUACACGCUAGCUCUGCGGUUUGGAAACCAGACCUUAAACUACAGGCUCUUCUACGAUGGCAAACACUUUGUGGGCGAGAAGAGGUUCGAGUCCAUUCACGACCUGGUCACCGAUGGCCUGAUAACCCUGUACAUAGAAACCAAAGCCUCCGAGUACAUUUCCAAGAUGACCACCAAUCCCAUCUACGAGCACAUCGGGUACGCCACGCUGCUCCGAGAGAAGGUGUCCCGGAGGCUGAGCCGGUCCAAGAACGAGGCGCGGAAAGCGAGCGUCACGAGUGAAGAGCACCCCACGGUGGAAAAGAUCUCCUCCCUGGUCAGGAGGGCCGCCCUCACGCACAACGACAACCACUUCAACUAUGAGAAGACACACAACUUCAAGGUCCACACAUUCCGAGGCCCGCACUGGUGUGAAUACUGUGCCAACUUCAUGUGGGGGCUCAUUGCCCAAGGGGUCCGGUGCUCAGACUGCGGGCUGAACGUGCACAAGCAGUGCUCCAAGCACGUUCCCAACGACUGUCAGCCGGACCUCAAGAGGAUCAAGAAGGUGUACUGCUGUGACCUCACCACGCUGGUGAAGGCGCACAACGCCCAGCGCCCCAUGGUGGUGGACAUAUGCAUUCGGGAGAUCGAAGCAAGAGGAUUGAAGUCGGAAGGUCUUUACAGGGUCUCCGGGUUCACCGAACACAUCGAAGAUGUCAAAAUGGCAUUUGAUAGAGAUGGUGAAAAGGUAGACAUAUCUGCCAACCUCUACCCAGACAUAAACAUCAUCACUGGAGCCCUUAAACUGUAUUUCAGAGACUUACCCAUUCCUGUCAUCACCUACGAUACCUAUUCCAAAUUUAUAGAAGCAGCCAAAAUCGCCAACGCAGACGAGAGGCUGGAAGCCGUCCACGAGGUGUUGAUGCUGCUGCCUCCCGCCCACUACGAGACCCUGCGGUACCUGAUGAUCCACCUGAAGAAGGUGACUAUGAAUGAAAAGGACAAUUUCAUGAAUGCCGAGAACCUGGGGAUCGUGUUCGGGCCCACCCUGAUGAGGCCCCCGGAGGACAGCAUGCUCACCACCCUCCAUGACAUGCGGUACCAAAAGCUGAUUGUGCAGAUUCUAAUAGAAAACGAAGAUGUUUUGUUUUAG